CUGCUGCAGAUCAGUUCAGAGCUAUGUGUGAAAGAAGUAAAAAACAACGAAUCAUGAGGAAAGAUGAAUAGUAAGUCCUUCGAGAUAUAACAGCUAAUUCUUAGUUGAUACUACGAAUUUUCAACUUCUUGUUUCAGGGCGCAUUGGUGUUGUUUCGUUAAGAACCGUACUACACAUACACUCUGAGUCGAGAUGAGUUGAGUUGAUAUGCUGUUGAUGUUGAAUUACACUUGUCACUGUUGCACAUUAUAAGCUCCUGCCUGCUGCUCUAAACAUGAUUUUUUUGCAUCAUCGCAACAGCCAUCAAUGCAUGUGAGGCAACAGUAUGAUAAUGAAGUUAAAUCCGUUCUUCUUCAGGAUGAUAUGAGGAUUAAGGAUCAGGCCAGUUUUUGUGAUGGGUUGAGAUCGAUGGGAAAUUCGGUCUCUUCUUUCUGCACCUACUCAACUGGUCACGGGUGAGUUGAAAAAGAAUGUCCAUGUCGCUGUAUCAAUUGCUACAUCACAACCCCUUCACGGGCCAAUGUUAGCUAAUGCAACCAUUCGAUUAUGCACUUGCAUCUUGACGCAAGUGGCGUUGGAUAUCUGCUGUCUUUUCAUUAAUUGCCUAAAAUCGAAAACGACCUGGAUUUGGAUUUUCUCAGUUGUUUGUCUCCCUAAACUGGUUGUACAAUAUUUUAUUUGCAAACUUGCAUAGGAAGGUCCGAUUACUUACCUUAAGAGAAGGGCAAAAAUCCUUCUCCCAUCACCUGCUAAUUUUUCCUUUGGAACCAAACAAUGGAGCAUCAAUUGAGCCCGCGCAUCACCAAAUUCGACAUCAACCCUUGUUCAGUCCUCGUCGGACUUUUCGUGUUGAUGAACAAACUAGCAGCAGAGAAUGUUGAUGAACAAACUAGAAGCAGAGAAGGGAGGAAGAUCCAACUUCGCUUUCUCACCGCUUUCGUUUCACUCCAUGUUAAGCCUCAUUGCUCUGGGCUCAGAAGGCCCUACUCUCAAACAGAUGCUUGCCUUCAUGGGGGUCGAUGGUGUUGAUGAACUCAACUUCUUGGCUUCCCAUCUUGUUUCCUCAGUACUGCCACCUCCCAGAAAUGACGACGACGAAACCGGUCAUGGCCAGAUCGUAUCGUUUGUCAAUGGGGCUUGGCUGGAUCAUCGUUUCAAGUUGAAAGCUCCAUUUGAGCAAACUGUGAGAAGUUUCUAUCGUGCGACGGCAAAAGAAGUUGACUUUCUCGACAAGCCGGAUCAAGCAGGAGAAGAGAUCAACACAUGGGCAGAGAAAGAAAGCAGAGCACUAAUCAGAAACCUCUUACCACCAGAUGGUAUAGACAAAGAGACAAUUCUGAUACUCACAAACGCACUCUACUUCAAAGGAACAUGGAGCAUCCCAUUCGACAUUUCCAAGACACAUCACAGAGACUUCCACACCCUAACCGGCGGCGACACCAUCCAAGUCCCUUUCAUGACCACCGACGCCAACCAGAAACACCUCUACGCGUCCACAAACGACCAUCAGGUGCUGAAGAUCACAUACAGAACCGGACCACACCAUGACACCCGCUGAUUCUCCAUGUGCUUCUUCCUGCCCAACGCCAGAGACGGGCUGGCUGGUUUGUUGGAUUGGAUCAGAGCAGAACCCGUGAUGCUGAACCCACAAGUGGCAGAGAGGGUCGUUUCGCCUGUUUGGAUCCCCCGGUUCAAGUUCGAGUUUGAGGUUGAGGCUUCGAGUAGUAUGAUGGAGCUUGGAUUGGUACUGCCCUUCAGUGAUAUGUAUGGUUGAACGGAAUGUUGGAGAUAGCGGAUGAACCAGUAGUCCUGUCGAAGGUGUUUCACAAGACGGUGAUUGAAGUGAAUGAGGAAGGAGCUGAAGCUGCAGGUUGUAGUGCAGGGAGGAUUAGAGGACUUCGUUGUAGGUCGGCGGCUCCUCCGAGCUUUGUUGCUGAUCAUCCUUUCGUGUUCACGAUUGUGGAGGAGAAUUCUGGUUCGGUUUUGUUUCUUGGAGCUCUGCUCAAUCCUCUGUUAGUUGAGAAAGCCUAGCAGUAGCAAAGGGCAUAUUCUCUUCUUUUCUUCCAAACAUGUGCUGGAAAAUGCUAGUGAGCUAUGAAGUUUUAAUCUUUAUUGAACAAAUGUCAUCUGUGAAA